UCUUGUUAAUGCCACACAAUCUCUUGUUGUUUUGCUUCAAUGCUCUCACAUUCCACUAUAGGAAAAAAAACUUGAGAAAUGAAAAUCCUUAUCUUAAUUUAUUCAAUGAGAAAUUUAGAACUGUGAUAGAACUUCACCUUGAUUCAAUAAGUAUAUUGCUUUUGGAAUUUUUUAUCUAUGAUUUUUUUGUAAUGGGAUUUUGGAUCUAAUGGAAGUUGAAGUUGAUUGUGUGAUAUCAGUAGACCAUGCAGAUCAAAGAGCCGAAGCGAUUCCGUGUUCGACAGCUACACCGAAUUGGACCGUUCAUGUUUCAGAUAUAAGAACGGUUAAAGUGAGUAACAUAUCACAGAUUACUUCGAAACAAGACAUUGAAGAAUUCUUUUCAUUCUCAGGUGAUAUUCAAUAUAUUGAGAUGCAAAGAGAAUCUGAUCGCACUCAGGUUGCUUAUGUUACCUUUAAGGAUUCGCAGGGAGCAGAGACAGCAGUUCUCUUGACAGGUUCUAAGAUAGGUGACCUAUAUGUCACUAUAUCACCUGUGGAGAAGUACCAGCUUCCCCCCGAAGCUCUUCCGUCGAGUCCUACAAACCAAAGUAAGGCUGCUGUUAAGAAGGCUGAAGAUGCGAUAAGUACCAUGCUUGCCAAGGGUUUCAUUUUAGGAAAGGAUGCAAUCAACAAGACAAAAUCAAUAGAUGAACGACUUCAAUUGACCUCUAAUGCUUCUUCAACAGUUGCUUCUAUUGAUCGUAAAAUUGGUUUAAGUGAUAAACUAAGUAUUGGAACAACCAUUGUCAAUGAAAAGGUGAAAGAGAUGGAUGAAAGGUACCAGCUUUCUGGAAUCACAAAGUUGGCUUAUGCUGUUGCUGAGCAAAAGGCAAGUAGUGCUGGAUCUGCUAUCAUGAGCAAUUCUUAUGUCUUAACCGGAGCUUCAUGGAUGUCAAGUGCGUUUGGCGCUAUUGCAAAGGCAGCCGGGGAUGUCAGCACGAAGACCAAGGAGAAGGUUGAACAAGCUGAGGUGCAAAAAAAUGAGAUUAUUUACAGUGAAAGAAAAGGGACGGUCGAUGAGUUUACUCAGAUGAUGCACUUUGAGCAGUCUUUAAACAGCGGCCCUGCAGUCGUUCCUAUUAAUUCCAACAAUGACAUUAAAGCUGGUAAUUUUCUAACUUGAACCGGCUCACAAUUCCUUAACAUCCUUAAAAGCACAGUUGGAUUGACCUUGUUGGCAUAGUUAUUGGAAGUCUUCUCUUCGGUUGAUGCAAAUUUGUUGUACUGUGAAAAGUCUUGUUGAUUGUUAUAGUGAUGUAAAGGUUUUUUCUACAGAUAUGAUUCAUAUACAUGAACAUCAUUCAUGUAUAACCAUUCUUUGUUAUUUUCUAUCAUCACAUACCUUUUGAGUUUUAUCUUUACUCAGUUCUCCAUUGUAUCAUACUCAAGGGGUUUUAAUACAAUAUCGAUAACAUAGUUCAGUUUUACAGAAAAA